UAAUAUUAACCAAUAUUGUUUUUUAGUUUGUCUAUGACGAAUAUAAUAUUUUAUAUUUUUCAUGUAAAAUAAAUCAGACAUAUAUAUUUUUAAUCAGUUUAAUCUUUAUGUAUAUGGAUUUAAAUUUUCAUAGGUAAUUUUAAUUAUAAAUAAUCAAAAAAAAAAAAUGUCAUCGAUUGCACCUCAAAGUGUGGUAAAAUCACUAGAAGUUGUUGGUGAAAUCUUUAAGGAAGAAAAUAUAAAAAUCUCUGUAAAAGAAUCAGUUAAAGGUGGUCUUAUAACAGGCAUUGCAGCUCUUGUUGGCGGAUUACUUGGUGGCAAGAGUGGUUUAAUUGCAGGUGGAGUAAUGGGUACUGUAGCUGCUUGUUCAAUGACUCAAGAUUUUAAGUCUCUUCUACAAAUUAUACACGAAAUGGACUAUGCAAAACAAAAAAAAUUGUUUGAUACUAUACAAAGUGUAAUAUCAUCAAUUGAUAUAAGUGAUGUAGUUAAAUUGAUGGUUUUAUUAAGCACAAGUCAUUCAAUUAAACAAGUUGUCAUUCAUGAAACUAUAAAUUUUUUACGCAAUGAAAUGAGUCUCGAAAUAUGUCGUAGUUAAUAAAAAUUAUUUUAUUGUUAAGCAUUAAAUAUAAAUAUAAAGUAUGUUCAGUAAUCUGUUUAUAAUGUAAAAUUAAUGAAAUUGUAUAAUAAAUCGCACAAUUAAAUAUUUAAAUAAAUCACCAUUGAACAGUUUUA